AUGGCGGAGAUAUCCAGCGUCAGGGCGCCCUCCUUCCGGCUGCCCUCCUUCAGGCUGCCGGAGGCUUCACCCUUAUUGGACCAAGAGCAUCUGGAGAGGCGCCAGCUCUUCCUCCGCAGCUACCUCUUCUCUCGCGAGCGGGCGGAGGGUGACAAGAGGGCGGGGCGGCGUCUCGCGGGCCUCCGCCGCCUCCUCUGCGCCAAGCUCCGGGCCGCCCGCCGUCUCCGUCGCGUGCUCUGGCACGGGCUCCGCCGUGCCUGCUGCUGCUUCGAGGCCAGGCGCCGGCGGUUCCCCCCUCGAUCCCGUCGAGCGGCGCCGCCCGCCGUUGCGACUUUCUCGAGUCGACCAGCCGGCGGCGCACGCUCGGUUCGUGAGAAGAAGCGCCUCUCGGACAUUAUCUCACUGUAA